UACUUUGUCACGUGACUACGUGUACUUCCUAGCAUUCCUAGGUGGCGAAUGAGAAGAGGUAGGAAGAAAACUUUAAAUUAUGUGACUUUACUUAGGGAGACACUUCUGGAGUCGCAACAGCUAGGAUUGAGUGGUUCCUCCCUUAGCACAGGGACAUGGAGCUCAUCAGAGGUAUCUUUUUUUAUCCUAUUAAGUUUUUGUUGGCGUUCAUAUUGCAUUAUGAACACCCCAAGGCAGAUAUCCCUCAGGGACUUGAACAGCGCAUAAAGAUUUUUCUUUUACAUCACUUCCUGAAUUUCGGACUUGGUCUGGCAAACGUUUUGGACAAAGCAGGCCUCUGCUAUGAGCAUGAUGUCCUGCGAUUUUUAGUAAAUGGUGUACCACCACAGAAGACUAACGAGCUUUUAAUUAACAAUGUGAUGUUCAACAAUUUAACCGUGAGGAUCUACCAGCCCAAAGUGCCGUCUACCGGCCUGCGGAGAGGAAUCGUUUAUUGCCAUGGAGGAGUUGGCCGGUUUGGAAGCAUCAAUGCCUAUGAGAGAGUAUGCCGCUCUAUCUGCAGAAACAGUGACUCGGUGGUUGCAAGCAUUGAGUAUCGCUUAGCUCCUGAGCACCCAUUUCCAACCCAGUUUGACGACUGUGUCACUGCUACCAUCCACUUUAUGAGGACGGCAAAAGACUAUGGGGUGGACCCCACUCGUGUUAUCGUCUGUGGAGACAGCAGUGGAGGCACAAUUGCUGCUAGUGUUUGCCAGACCCUGGUGAACAGAACGGACCUCCCCAAGGUGCGGGCACAGAUCCUGAUCUACCCAUUUCUCCAGGCUGUGGACUUUAACUUGCCUUCAUAUCAGCAGAACGAGGACGCUCCAGUCUUACCAAAAAGUAGGACUGUUGACUUUGGUUUCAAGUAUUUAAAUCUGGACCCAUCACUGAUAGAUGAUUUCCUGAGAGGUGCUCAUAUUCCUGAAAGUGUAAGACAGAAAUACAGUAAAUGGCUGAGCCCAGACAAUCUCCCGAACAAAUUUAAGACAAGAAGCUACAAACCACCUCCAAUUGCUCCAUGUAAAGAAGAGGUGUAUGCCUUGGCCCAGCCAUUUAUUGGGACAACCUUUUCCCCACUUUUAGCCGAAGAUGCCGUUGUUCGUCAACUCCCCGACUCUUUCAUUUUGACCUGCGAGUAUGACGUGCUCAGGGAUGAUGGGCUGCUGUACAAGAAACGACUGGAGGACAAUGGUGUCCGAGUGACCUGGUGCCACCUCAGUGAUGGCUUCCAUGGUGUGUUAUUUGCAGUCGAUUAUGGGAUUUUAUCAUUUAAGGCUGGACAUAAAGGAAUCAACAGGAUAGUUAACUUUAUAAAAACUUUGUAAAAAACCCCCCACUUUUUUCUUCAGAGCUGGGAGCCUGGCAUUAUCUGUCCAAAGUCACUCCUCUCAGCCAUCACAGAAAUGUCAAGAUACUCUCUGAUGUCAAAGAUUUGGUCAUGUCCAUCACUGGAGCUCCCCUCUUGCAUGUUGUUCCAGGUGCUUGAGUUGGUGACUGCUGUUUCUUGCUGCUUGUAGGUGAUGUGGUAGGAUGACCUGCAGAUUCACAGACUACCCGCAUGUUGGUACUCAGCUUCUUAUGGCUGUUAGGUAUACCCAUGAAACACUUGGCCUUCCAGAAAGAGAUUGGGGCAGUGCAGUGAAUGCUAGGGAGAAAAGACAGGGCUUGGUAAAUGGCACUGGGGCUAAGUCUGAGGUUGUAGGAGGAUGAAUCUGCAGGAGAAGUGGAACAAUGAAUUUGGGAGAGCUGGAUCUAGUGCCAGUUCCAGAAGGGCCUAAAUUGGACUGAGUCAAAUUUGAAUGUAAGUGAAGGCUGCAGGGACCUGGAGAACUGAAGAGAUGUGGGGACACAGGCAGAGAAGAGAUGGUGGAAGGAGAAGGGGACAGAACUGGGAGGAGCAGAACAGCACAAAUUAUAAGCUAAAAAAAUGCAACCAGCAUUUAAUGAGGAGCUAGAUAUUAACGGUGCCUGUGGACAU